AUGGAUGACUAUAGUAUUUUAUUUAAAAUUAUUAAAACUGAAGAGAUUAAAAAUAAUAAUGAAAUAGAUAUAAUUUUUUUUAAAGUUUGGAGAAAUAAAUUUAUUUUAAAUGAAAUUAAUCUUCAUCAAAGAUUAUAUAAUUUAAAUGAAAAAAAGAAAUUUAAAAUUUGUAAAGAUUUUCAUGAAUUUAAAUAUAAAGAAUAUGUAAAAGAUUUAACUAUUUCAAGUAAUGAUGAAAAUACAUUUACAAAUCAAUUUAAAGUACCAAAAGGUAUUUUCAAAUUAACAUUUUCAAAUUUAAAUAGAGAAUUUAAUAUUAGAAAUGUAAUUCCAUCAACGGUAACUCAUUUAAAAUUUGGUGAUGAAUUUAAUAAACUUUUGUCACCUGGUGAUAUUACAAAGGGUGUUAAACAUUUAGAAUUUGGUAAAAAAUUCAAUCAACCAUUUACAAAUGCAGGUGUAAUUCCAUCAACUGUUGAAACUAUAAAAUUUGGAAAUUUUAAUAAAAUUUUAAAAAAGGGUGAUAUACCAAUGGGUGUUAGAUCGGUAGAGUUUGGUUCACAUUUUGAUAAACCAUUAAAGAAUUUACCAUUAUCAAUUGAAUCAUUAAAAUUUGGUAGUAGAUUUGGAAGAGCAUUCGAUGCAUCACAAUUACCAAGUUUGAUAACUAAAAUCUAUGGAUUUGCAUCAACAGAACCAUUGAAAAGCUACCAAAUUCCAAGAGUUACAAGUUUACAUUUCGAUUCAUAUUAUCGUCAUAAAUUUGAAGCUGAUACAUUACCAAAUGGAUUAUUACACUUGGAUUUAAAAGAUUAUUCAGAAGUAUAUGUAAUUGAAAAAGAUGUUUUACCAAAAACAUUGGAAAAGUUGGAACUUCCUUAUAGAUAUAAUCAUAGAAUUGAAAUUGGUGUUUUACCUCAAACCUCUUUGAAAACUUUAUACUGUUAUUCAGAUUACCAAUAUCCUUUAGAAGAUAAUGUUUUACCAAAAUCAUUAACAGAAUUAACAUUUGGUAUUAAAUCAGAUAUAAUAUUCACCAAUUGUAAAUUACCAUCAAAUAUUAAAAAUUUAGAAUUAAAUUAUUUUAAUGAUCCAUUAAAAGAUAUUUUACCAAGUAAAUUAGAAUCAUUGAAAAUUAAAGGACUAAAUCAGAAUAUUGAAUUGGGUAAUUUACCAAAAUCAUUAAAGGAAAUAACAUUCUCACAUAAUUUUAAUAACAUUUUAGAAGUGAAUGUUUUACCUUUAAAUUUGGUUAAAUUGGACUUAGGUGGUUAUAAUCAACCUCUACGUAAAGGUGUCAUUCCAAAUAGUGUUUUAAUUUUAAAAUUAAAUACAUUUGAUAAAAUUUUAAAAGUUGGUGAUUUACCAAACUCAAUAAUUUCAUUGGAAAUGGUGUGUUAUAAUCAACCUUUAAUAUCAAGAGUUUUACCAAAUGCUUUAAAGAAAUUAAAAUUUGGAGAUUUCAAUUCAAGAUUUGAAAUUGAUUCUUUACCAAAUACAUUAACUCAUUUGGAAUUUAAAAGAUUUAAACAAAUUAUUCCAUCUGGUUAUUUACCAAAUAGUAUUGAAUAUUUAAAAUUAGGUGAUUAUUUUAAUCAACCUUUAAAAGGUGUAAUACCAUCAUCAGUUACAAGUUUAAAUAUUGAUAAUUAUUAUUUCGAUCAAGAAUUAUACCAUUUACCAAAAUCUUUAAAAAUUUUAUACUUUGAUAAAUUAAAAAAGGAUAAAUUAUUAUCAACUUUACCAAUUGACCAUUCAAUAAUAAUAUUUAAUGAAUAG